AUGCUGAAAACAGCCAUGCUGCUCUAUAGUCUGCCCUUGACAGUUUAGUUUAAGCUGUCCACAUCCAUCAUUGCGGGCUUGGAGGAUCGGCAACCGAUAAUUGCGUGAGAAUCGAUGUCUACUUGGGAGACGGAGUGCUGGGAGUCUCUCAUGUGAAAAUCGUAGGCUGGACCUUAUGGUGCCUUGUGCGAGCAAAACAUCCCCUUUUCUUUUCUGCCGAGCAUCAGCAUCGUUGAAGAAAAGGAGAGGGUGUGUUGAUAUCAUCCAAACGUCAAGCCGUUACAAUAUUUUGAAACACACCUCUUUCAAAAAAUGGCAUUUCUGAUAUAUUAUAGUGCACGCCACGCUGAACGCGAGACUCGUUUACGCGACAAGGCUAGCAGCAGCAUGAAACAGCAAGUUCAGGAAAUGUGUCCUUUUUGGUUGGAUGCCUUGUCUCCCGGUCUGGUCUACUAUGGUGGGGAUCGCGUUCGACUCUCGGCAAUCGACUCUCGGCAAUCGACUCUCGGCAAUCGACUCUCGGCAAUCGACUCUCAACAUCGACUCUCGGCAAUCGACUCUCGGCAAUCGACUCUCGGCAAUCGACUCUCAACAUCGACUCUCAAGGCUAGACUCAUCGCUUUUUCUCUUCUCUUUUCGAUCACGUAUGGCGCAACGGAGGCAACACCAGGACCAAGGGAAGAGCCAAGGGUGACACUGGGGAUCGCGUUCGACUCUCGGCAAUCGAUUCUCGGCAAUCGACUCUCGGCAAUCGACUCUCGGCAAUCGACUCUCGGCAAUCGACUCUCGGCAAUCGACUCUCGGCAAUCGACUCUCAACAUCGACUCUCAAGGCUAGACUCAUCGCUUUUUCUCUUCUCUUUUUGAUCACGUAUGGUAAGUCCCUUCCUUUUUUUCUGUGUGUGUGAAUGUGAGUGAGUGUGAGUGAGGGUAGAUAAGUGUAGGGGUGGGUGCUGAUGCUUGUUUUGACACGGAGCGACUUACUGUAUAAAUAGGUAGGUAAGUGAUCGCGAUUGGUGAGACCGGACUGGGCAUCUCAAUACCAAUCGACCUUCCGUGAUCCACAAAGCGACCAAGACAAGACCCUAGCUUUGUGGUGAGAGGGUUACGGGAGCAGAUGUCGAUGCACCUUCCAGUGGUUGCUCCUGUCAGUA